UGCACUGCAGUGUAACAUCAUUCUUUACAACGCUCGUAAGAGAACCCACACUUGCACACAUGAGUACGAGUUGCAUGUAUCCGUAUUCCCUAACAUAGUCCAUAACACGGUCAUAUUCUCUCACUAGGGUGAGUAGAUGUUAAUGUAUAGGGUGUAUAUUUUCACAUUGAAUACACGAGUAGAAGUUACUGAAACGAAUCGGCAUGAUACAUGUUUGACACUGCUUGUUGUCGUCGUAAUCUCCGCUUAAGUUGUCAUCAAAGACUCAAAUAAUGUUGUUAAUGACUGCAUGACCACGUCAAAGACCAAAAGAGGUAAUAUGAAACCUAAAUCUUUCUUUUAUCAAAGACUCUCCACAAAACUAGAAAUUGAUUGAUGUAGAGUCUUCUUACCACACACAUAAAAAUAGCAAUAGCUAAAAAUAAACUCAAGUAAAAUAAACCUAUAAAAUACGUUUACACCAGAGCUGAUUACUCCGACAUUCAUAAUCCAAAUAAGCAUCAAACUUCUCAUCUCCACAACCAAAAAAAAAAAAGAAUUAAAAAUCUUAAAAAUCUAAAAAUUACAAAACUUACAAAAAAAUGAGAGCAUCAACAAGACUCAUAUGGACAGUAACUGUCCUUGUACUGGCAGCUGUGUCGGAAGCCGUCUUUCCUCUACCAUUUAAUCCGUUCUUACCUGGAUCGCACAACCGUAAGCUUGGGAAACAAGGGGGAGGUAGAAAAGGCGGAGGAAGAAGACGAGGCGGCGCAGAAGCUCAGACAAACUGGCCUGGUAAAUGGGAAUUAUUCUUACCAAACUCGGGUGUGUCAGCGAUGCAUGCCAUUCUGAUGCCAGUUAUCAACCAAGUCCAGUUCUAUGACGCAACCAUCUGGAGAAUCUCACAGAUUAAGCUGCCUCCAGGUGUAGCAUGUCACGUGGUCGACCCCAAGAUUAACAAGGUCGAUUGUUGGGCUCAUUCGGUUCUCGUUGAUAUCAACACCGGUGCCAUUAAGCCUCUAUCCCUUACGACUGAUACGUGGUGUUCAUCGGGAGGUCUGACAGUCAACGGGACACUGGUGAGCACUGGAGGAUAUGGAGGAGGAGCCAACACGGCGAGGUACCUAGCUGCUUGUCCAAGCUGUGUAUGGAUUGAAUACCCUCAAGCCCUAGCUGCAAAGAGAUGGUACUCAACGCAAGCCUCUCUUCCUGACGGAAAGUUCUUCGUGAUUGGAGGACGUGACGCCUUGAACUACGAAUACAUCCCCGAGGAAGGACACAACAACAAGAAGGUAUUCGACUCGUUGCUCCUAAAACAAACAGACGACCCGGACGAGAACAACCUCUACCCUUUCGUAUGGCUCAACACUGAUGGCAACCUCUUUAUUUUCGCGAACAACCGUUCCAUCCUUCUAAACCCCAAAUCAAACCAAGUCAUCAAAGAGUUCCCUCAGCUCCCGGGUGGUACCCGUAACUACCCCGGGUCAGGCUCCUCCGCGCUCCUCCCCAUCCAACUUUACAUGAACAACGCCAAAGUCAUCCCUGCUGAUGUCCUCGUCUGCGGUGGUUCCAAACAAGACGCGUAUAACCGUGCGGGUAAGAAGGACUUCGAACCAGCAUUGAAGGAUUGCGCGAGGAUAAGCAUCAACAGCCGUAAGCCGCGGUGGAAGAUCGAGAUGAUGCCUACGCCAAGAGUCAUGAGCGACACUGUCAUCCUCCCUAACGGAGACGUGAUACUAGUCAACGGAGCUAAACGUGGAUGUUCGGGCUGGGGAUACGGCAAGGACCCUGCCUUUGCUCCCAUCUUGUACAAGCCUCGUGUUAAACGCGGCACGCGUUUCAAGGAGCUAGCCGCCUCAGCCAUCCCACGCAUGUACCACUCCAUCGCCAUCGCUCUACCUGAUGGUAAGGUUCUUGUCGGCGGCAGCAACACCAACGAUGGUUACAGGUACAACGUCGAGUUCCCGACGGAGCUUCGCGUUGAGAAAUUCUCCCCGCCUUACCUCGACCCGGCUCUCGCCAACAUGAGGCCGAAGAUCGUCAACAACGGGACGCCGAAACAGAUCAAAUACGGGAAAGUCUUUAAGGUGAAGGUCGAGCUUAACCAAAAGGACGUGACCAAGGAGAAUCUCAAGGCUCACAUGUUAGCACCUUCCUUUACAACGCAUAGUAUCUCGAUGAACAUGAGGAUGCUCCUCUUGGGUGUGGCUAGUGUCAACCCUUCGGGAGGCAACUCUUUUGAAAUCCAAGCCGCUGCACCACCCAAUGGAAACCUGGCACCACCGGGUUACUAUCUUAUAUUUGCCGUCUACAAAGGUGUCCCCAGCGUUGGUGAAUGGAUUCAGAUCGUCUAAUGGGGAUUUUUUUACCAAUUUUGUCUUAUGCCAGUAGCAGCUUUACGUGAAAAUAAAUCUUAGAGCAUUGGUGAAUAGAUUCAGAUCGUCUAAUCACCAAUUUUGUCUUAUGCCAGUAGCAUCUUUAAAUGAAAAUAAAUCUUAGUAAUAAUCAGUAUUUUUUUUUGUUUUUCUUAUACAUUUUGGUAUAUGCCAUGAUUAAUGUAUCCAAAUUCCUUAGUGUUAUCAAUGAUUCCUUGGCUCGUCCUAAUUUUUCAUCAGAACUUUAGCCUAUUUUCCUUCUUAAUCAGUUGGGUUUUCAGAGUUUUGGGUAAACAACCCACUGGAUGGUUAGUCUAAUGUCUAUGUCAUCCUUUUAGAUCUAAUCCAACUGAUUGGUAAAAAUUCUCCAAUGAGUAGUUUCAUCACCUAUUCACCGGUCUGGCAUUUCACAAAAAUAUUAAAUUUUAAGUCUGUUAAAUUUUCAUCUGUAUAGAGAAGUAACUACUUGGGAUUACUCGUUAUAUCAGUCGGGCGACAUCAAAACGAACAAGAAGCUACAACUUGCUAUAGUUGCACACUGCAGCGACCAUGCAAACGAAGCAUGCCAUAUUCAGUUUAAUAAGCACUAUCACUAUCUAUCUCUGCUAGAACAAGAAUGAAACCAAUUCUAUAUCUCACAGGAAACAGAGUGACGGUUCUAGAAUGUUCCAAUCACACAGAUCAGAUCAGUAUCGAUCUGAUUAUCAAUGACCAACGCAAAGCCAGAUUCCAAAUACAAUAAAGCUCGUACCUACCAAAGCAAGUCCGAUUUGAGUUUCCUCCCCCAGAAUAACCCCGAACGCGGCGGUUGCGGCGAAGGUCGUGGCGUUGGUGACCGGAACGGCGAUAGAGAUCGGGGAGUCGCCGAGGAGGGCGAAGAACGCGGCGGAGGCGGAGAGGUUUACGAGGAAAGGAACGGAGUAUUGCCAGAAGAGGAGGAGGUUGAUCCAGUCGCGGAGAGCGGCGAGGAGUUUGCGGCGGAAGGUUGAUGGGAUCUGAAGAGGAGGAGACUCUGUUAUCGUCGAAGAUGAUGAUGAUGAUUUUUUGUCCCAGGCGAGUGCUCCGCGGCGGAUCAGGGCGUUGGUGGCUCCCCACACGAGCCCUACGGCCACCAUUUUCUGUAUGUCUUCCUUCAUUCUGAUUACCGCCGGCGAUCGAACUCUCUGCUCGGUUUGUUCGUAUACCAUUACGUUGAAUAUCCCCGUUAUUAUAAGUUAAAUAUGGGCAAAAAAUA